GUCAUUUCAGCCGCACUUCAACAUUUGCACGGAUGCUCUCAGCUUGAUUUAAUCUUCCUUUACUGUUCUGACCUCCUAAAAAAAAUUUUUUUUCAAGGAAGUGGAAACGUCACAUUAGGAAAUGUGACUGCAAGCUUUAAAUUUCCUGGCACAUAACUGAUUAGAGAGUCACAGCAAGAAGACACCAACUGGCUUACAAUGGAGGACAAGCGCAAGAAGAGGAGCCCCAAAGUGUCGCUCCCGCAGCCGCCGCCUCCCCCGGUCAACCCACGCAAGGUCUCCGUCCUGCCGGCCAGCAAAAGUGCCACCUUUUCCCUUGGCCUGCCGCAGCCCCCCUCCCCUAAAAACCGGGGCAAGUUCAAAAGGUCCAUAGGGGCAACAGGACAGCCAAAAGAGGUGUUCGCUGGCGUGGUGGCUCCACCUAAGACCAGCAGGACCCACAAGGAGAAGCCAAGAGCUCCGCAGCCUGCCGGUCCCAGCAAAGUUGUCCAGUCAUCCCCCCUACAGCACUCCUUUCUCACCGACGUGUCCGACGUGAGAGAGAUGGAGGGAGGCCUCUUGAACCUCCUCAACGACUUCCAUUCUGGCAAACUGCAGGCUUUUGGUAAAGUGUGCUCCUUUGAGCAACUGGAGCAUGUGCGCGAGAUGCAGGAGAAGCUGGCGCGUCUUCACUUCAGCAUGGACAGCCACGUGGAGGAGCUUUCCGAGGACCAGAGGAAGUGCGCCUCUGAUCUCAACCUGGAGCACCUGCUCUGCAACCUGGAGGAGCUAAGCACCUCAAUACAAAAGCUCCACUUGGCUGAGAACCAGGACCUGCCCAAGACAUCUGCUCCCUGACUAAAUGGGGUGUUGAGAGGUUCUAACAUCCCAGCAGACCCAGUUACCAUGGACAUAAUCUGCGCAGCUGCCAUAGUAACACAAUGGACUCAUUAAGCGGAGAAGGUAUUUUUGUUAUUAAGACAUUGAAUGUGUGGGCAUAAAACACUAUUCCAAAUGCAUUCACAGCACGAAAAAAUCUGAAGGUAACUCUUUUUGGUAUGUAUUUAAAAGUGACAUGUUCCCCUUGAAAACCAGAUGGUGGUUUAGUCAGCCUGUUUUUAUCUUUGCUAACAUUUUGAACAGGAUGUAAUGAAAUCUUAUUGUAAGACAAUCUUUACGGAAAACCAAUUGUGUACUUCAUUCAAAUGUUCAUCGUUGUGGUAGAAAUUUAUGGUUAAUGUAACAAUUUCAUUUAAAUUUCUGUCUUUGAGGGUUGAGCAACAGUAUGAUGUACAGUUUGUUCUUUUGUCUAUGGAGUAAAAAUGGCAGCUACUGUUUUGAGAAUAAAGGUAAAUUUUUGCUUGUCAACAAAUGUUGUUCCCAUGCGUGGCACUUUUAAGUUAUUUCUAGCAUAUUAUCUUGGGUUAACCAAUUAUUCCUUUCUCUCUUGGGACUCUAUUAAUAAAGACAUUUGAGAUUUCUACACUUUGGACUUCAUUACGCUGGGCUCUCACCAAGGGCAUAGGUUUUGUCUCAACAUUGGUAGGGACGAUAUAACAGCAGGGCCGGCCCAGCCUAUAAGCAGGCUAUGCAGCUGCUUAGGGCCCCUGACCACUAGGGGGCCCCAAUCUGGCAAUUGUUUAAUUUAUAUUCUAUUUUGUUUACUACAGUUUGCUUUAUUUGACUUUUGUGAGUUUUGAUACUUAAUUACAAGCUUGAAAAAAUAAAAGUUCUUCCUUAACUUCUUUCUUUCCUCUUUUAGAAAAAGGUCUGGCGCUAUCUACUGUAAGUACUGACAAUCAUUUGGGGUGAGAAGUUUGAAGUAUGCAGUGCAACAAAAUCUGAUUAAUAUACAAUAUAUGGACGUAUGGGUCGGAUUGCAUGUAUGGGUUUCACAGUACACUGUGACGAAAUGGCGGGCCAAAAAAAUAUGGGCCCUUUGCAUUAUUUUGCUUAGGGCCCCCAAAUGGCCUGGGCCGGCCCUAUAUAACAGUAUAACCUGCAUGUACACUUUUUGCUGAGGACGGGACAUUAAUAAGGCCAAACAGAUUAUUGAACAAGGGUCAGAGCCAGAUUUCUCACGAGUAUUAACCUAAUUGAUAGGCAAAAUGAUCAAAGCAAAAAUGAAUCUGUAUUGACUUAUACUAACUUUUAUGUAAAUUUGGUUCACUUGAUACAACGCUCGAUUCAAACCUUUGUUUUCAAAAACUACUAAAGAAACAUUUUGAAGGAAAGUUCCUUUAUUAAAAAAAGGGCUCUGGGGGACCUACUCAUAUGGAAUAGACAUAUAUAAAUUUUAUAAAGUUCAUAUAUUUUUAUAUGGAACUCAUAUGUAAAGUAUAUGACACUCAAACCACAUAUAUGAUCCUUAGUAAAUUUGUAUAUGAUCCUUAGUAAAUUUGUACAAUGUGAAACUUGUAUAAUUUGGGAACUAAACCCAAAUGGAAAAAAUGGAUAUAAACUUCAUAAAUUUCAUAUACACUCACCGGCCACUUUAUUAAGUACACCUGUGCAACUGCUUGUUAACACUUAAUUUCUAAUCAGCCAAUCACAUGGCGGCAACUCAGUCCAUUUAGGCAUUUAGACGUGGUUUAAGACAAUCUCCUUGUGUUCAAACCGAGCAUCAGUAUGGGGAAGAAAGGUGAUUUGAGUGACUUUGAACGUGGCAUGGUUGUUGGUGCCAGAAGGGCUGGUCUGAGUAUUUCAGAAACUGCUGAUCUACUGGGAUUUUCACACACAACCAUCUCUAAGGUUUACAGAGAAUGGUCUGAAAAAGAAAAAAUAUCCAAUGAGUGGCAGUUCUGUGGGCGGAAAUGCCUUGUUGAUGCCAGAGGCCAGAGGAGAAUGGCCAGACUGGUUCGAGCUGAUAGAAAGGCAACAGUGACUCAAAUAACCACCCGUUACAACCAAGGUAGGCAGAAGAGCAUCUCUGAACGCACAGUACGUCGAACUUUGAGGCAGAUGGGCUACAGCAGCAGAAGACGUCGGGUGCGACUCCUUUCAGCUAAGAACAGGAAACUGAGGCUACAAUUUGCACAAGUUCAUCGAAGCAAUGAUAUUUUCUUCCUCAAUAUCGUUUAGACCUAAUUUGUUUUACUAAAAAGUAACCAAAUAAUCCAGAAAUGGCAUUGCCAAAAGAUACAAAAAUAUAUACGUUUUAUACUCCGCAACACUCCCGGAAGAAGUGGAAGUACUGUAAUAUGUUAGGAACUUUUGUUCAAAAAAAAACUUUUUUUUUAAAUUCUGUAUCAGAUUGGGACAAAAUUAGGUGACUGACUUGGGUGCAAAUAUAUGCGAUCGUGACAUCCCUAUACGUUACACAGAUUUGUACUGGCUCAUUAGAUAGGCAAUUUGGUUUGAGAUUGGUACUUUUUUUAACAGUUGGAUCCUAAUUGUAUCGUCCUCUAUUCGCAAGCUUUGCCCUAAAGUGUGGGGAGAGAAUAAGUUGUCAUGCUGUGUUCCUUUGCCCAGUGAGAGCUGAGGGCGUAGGUUUGCAUAGGGACGGUAGGGACAUAACACUACCAACUUUUCAGGAUGCUCAAAUUGACCCCACCCAUUUUUAAGCCAUUUUAUUUGCAUUGUACAAUGAGUUCAGUUAUAUGGGAAAUUUUGAUUGUCUUCCCAGAUAUUAUAAGGAUAGAAUAGACCCUACCAUUAUUAAGUGAAUUAUUUCCAUUAUGUUCAGACUUAGAUUUAUCCCUUUUCACUUGCUGAAUGUGCCGGUCCAAUUUUUUCCCCCUCAAACACACGUUUGAUUGGCUGAUGACUUGACCCCCCAUCCCUCCUCCCGUCAUACAGACAUACGCACACUCACAGAACCUCACCGACAGAAAUACAGCGUGCCGCCUUCUCCAUUCCCGUUGAAGAGGAAGUACAUUAGACGGUGUUUUUGGCCAGCACAAGCCACUGUAAGUAAUGUAAAAAAAUAUCAAUGUUGUGGAGGUGGUGGAAACACCACUAAUUUUGCUACUAAAAGUCUGACCUGAAUCACGGUUAGCAUAGCAUUAAUCUGUGUGAACUUGAUAACCUGCAAAACUACUGCGGACAGGCCAGCCUCCACAAGGAACAACGAAGGCAAGCUAGGCGACCUUCAUUUGGAUCAUUGUUUGCAUUAUGUGUAUUACUGUAAUGCAACACGGUGGCUUCAAAGUGUAAAUCCCAACAAUGGGUCCACUUCAUAAGGAACACUAGCAUGAACAUGAACUGACAUGGAAAAAAAGUGAAACUAAAUCUCACAUUAGAACUUCAUGAGAGUACUAUGGAUGCGUCAGAUGUAGAUCGGUCCCAAAUAACUUUUAUAUUCGAAUACAGUACUUUAGUUUCAGUCUACCCAUAUGGAAAAUAAAUAUAAACAACAUAUAAAAAUUUACUACUGAAAUCGAUGUAAAUUCUUAUACUGUAUGUCUCAUACUUUGUUUUACUCUUGAAAGUGGCCACUUUUGCAUACUUUUCAUACAAAAUAUUCAAAGGAUUUGUGUAUGAAACAAGUAAAAUUGAUUUAUGUGAUAUAUAUGGAAAACAUGGCAAAUUAUCGUCUCCAUAGAUGUUUCAUAUGUUUUCUGCCUGUAAAUUAUCCUUUCCUUAUAUAGUUCAUAUAUGUUCCAUAUAUGCCAAUUGAUUAAUACAAAAAAUAUAAAUAGUAGUACCAACAACUGCUGGUAGUCAAACUGCAAAGUAGUCAGGGAUUACUCUAAUUGCUGAAAUAUUAUAAAUUACCAUUGUAAUACUUUUAAGAAAAUCAAUCGGUCGAGAGAGAAUGAGCUUCCAGGGUUGGACAAAAUGCAAACUUAAUAAAUAAUUAAUCAAUAAAUGAAUAAACCAGUUUUAUUCUACACAUACAGUAUCUACUAAGGAUAUUGUAUAGGCAAUUCGUCAAAUAUUUUAAGUUUCCAAAAUAUACAAGUUUCAUAUUGUACAUAUUUACUCAGGAUCGUAUCUGUAGUUUGUGUGUCACAUGCUUUACAUACAAGUUCCGGAUGAAACAUACUGUAUAUUGCCACCGCUCCAGACUUUUGUGCAUUGGUGGCACAUGUGGCCUACAUUUCUUCUUUAGGUUCACCACUACAAAAUAGGUGCACACACAUUUUUAAUUGCAUCACCUUUAAUUUGGGGUAAAAGUGGCUAGAAAUUCCUGCCGGAACUCCCUAACAAAAAGGUCGUCACAGAUGAAAACUGGUUUUACACAUGCAUUAGUCUACAGCAAAGGUGGGCAAACUAUUCCACAAAGGGCCGCUGUGGGUGCGGGUUUUUGCUGCAACCCAUCAAGAGGACACCUUUUCACCAAUCUGGUGUGUUAUAAGUGCAAUCAGUUGAUUGCAGUCAGGUGCUUCUUGUUUCUAUUUCAACCUCAUUGGUUAAAAGCUCUGUGCUGGAUCAGUUGGAACAAAGACCAGGACCCACUGCGGCCCUCGAGGACCAGUUUGCCCACCCCUAGUCUACAGCAUUACACUAACAAGGUGUAACAAGAAACUGAUUUUCAUUCAAAAUUGUAAUUUAAAGUAACAUACAG